AUGAGUAUUCCAACAAAUACAAAGUCAAUAUUUCCUGAAUGUUUUGGUUGUAAAUUAUCAAUAAAUGAUCCAUCAUUUCUUAGUGUUACACCUGGAAUUCAUUGGCAUGAUGAAUGUCUAUAUUGUCGAAUUUGUAAACAGAAACUUGAUGAACGUACAACUUGUUUUAUGGAUCGAUAUGGUUUUCCAUAUUGUAAACGUGAUUAUUCAAGAAAAUUUUAUUUUCAAUGUUUUGCGUGUCAAAAAAAUUUAUUACGUAAUGAUUUAAUUCAACGAGCAAAAUCGAAUGUUUAUCAUGCCGAUUGUUUUCGAUGUGAAGCAUGUCGAAAAUGUUUACAAGCUGGAGAUGAAUUUACACUGAGUGGUGAUAAUCGUAUUCUAUGUCGAAAUGAUUUUGAUUCUUUAACAAAUAAUAAUAAUAAUAAUAAUAAUAAUUCGAAUGAAAAAUUAAAAACACUUGAUUGUCAAAAAUUAUCAAAUAAUGAUUUAACAAUAAAAGUAAAUAAUAAUAAUAAUAAUGAAAAUCCUAUACGAACAAAUUCUUUAACACAAAAAAAGAAAUCAUCAAGAAUAAGUACAAAUAAUAAAAUGAUUUCAUCUAUUGAUGAUAUAGAUUCUAAUGAAGAAAGACAUAAAUCAACAGAUGAUUCAUCAUCAUUAUCACCAAAUGGUUCAUCAUCACAACAAUUAAAUUCAAGUAGUAAUAAUAAUAAUAAUAAUGCUGAACGAAGACCACGACGAGAUAAACAACAACGUGUUAGAACUGUAUUAACUGAAAAACAAUUACAUUUACUUAAAUCAUGUUAUGCUUAUAAUGCAAGACCUGAUGCUUUAUUAAAAGAACAAUUAGCCGAAAUGACUGAAUUAAGUCCCAGAGUUAUUCGAGUUUGGUUUCAAAAUAAACGAUGUAAAGAUAAGAAAAAGACUGCUGCUCAACAAUCACGAUUUCCUGGUGAUCCAAAGCGUCAUCGUCUUGAUAUUUCAUCAAUGCCACCACUCGUUCCAAAUGGUGAAUCAUUUCUUCUCGGACAUCCUAUGAGUGUUCUAUCACCAUGUAAUAGUCAAGGUGGUGGUCAAUCAGCAGUUAAUGGAAAUUCGAAUAUUUAUGAAACUGGACCAUUAUCAACAUUACAGCCGAUUGGUUCAGUUAAUACGAAUGGACCUUUUCUAAAUACACGUGACGGAAUGAUGUAUUCAUUAGCAUCAUCACCACCAUCGAAUAGUGAUGAUUCAUAUGUAAUUGGUCCACAUGGACCUUUGCCAACAAUGUCAUGUCAUAGUGAAUGGAUUGAACAUCAUCCUCCACAAGGAAAUGAUUAUCAUGCAACAAUGCCAAUGUUUCAUCCGGUUAAUAUCCAUGAAGAGGAACUUGAUGAUCAAGAUAUGAUGAUGCCUAUGGAAGAUGAUAGUCUAGACCAAACGAAUUCGGAUUUUAGUGAUGGUUAA